AUGUCAAGACCAUUCCAACCAAUCAGUGAUAUAAUCAACACCAGUCCCCCCAAACACAAACAACAAUCAUUUGACGAAAUAUACGGCGAACCCGAAAACUUCCUCGAAAUAGAAGUACGAAACCCCAUAACUCAUGGUGGAUAUGGUGGAGUAGAUUUAUAUACCGAUUAUGAAAUUGUUUGUCGAACAAACAUCCCAGCGUUCAAAAAGAGACAUAGUCGAGUCAGAAGAAGAUAUAGUGAUUUUGUAGCAUUUAGGAAAAGAUUAGAACAAGAAACUACUCGGGUCAUUAUUCCGCCAUUACCCGGGAAGAUAUUAUUGAAUUCUAAUAAAUUUAAUGAUUUGAAUAUUGAAAAACGUAGACAAGGAUUAGAAAAGUUUUUGGUUAUUGUCAGUGGUCAUCCUUUAUUACAAACGGGUUCGAAAACUUUGAUUGAAUUUAUUCAGAAUGAUAAAUGGGACCCAAGAUUACUUGGUUAUUAG